AAUUUGCAACACCCAAAAAUACUCUCUUUCUCUCUCUCUCUCUCUCUCUCCAGUCUACACCUUCGCGCUUAGUCUCUCGCUCCUUCUGUGUCUAUCAAUCACAAAUUCAGAGCAGGUUUGAACUCUUGCAUGGAUGGAUCCUUCAAACGCCCCACAGCAGGCAAUGUCUAGCCAAUCAGUAGAAGAUGUGUUGGGUUAUCCAAAACCACAGCAGGAGAGGAGGCUAAGGCCACAACCAGAACAAGCACUCAAGUGUCCUAGAUGUGAUUCCACCAAUACCAAGUUCUGUUACUACAACAACUACAGUCUCUCACAGCCCAGGUACUUCUGCAAGGCUUGUAGAAGGUAUUGGACUAAAGGAGGGUCACUUAGAAAUGUUCCAGUUGGUGGAGGUUGCAGGAAGAACAAGCGAUCUUCAUCAUCAUCAUCAUCAUCAUCAAAAAGGAUGACACAAGACCAAUCUCUCACUGAAACUAACUCUUCCAACCCAAUUCAUAACCUCCCAUCCUUUGCUUAUGACUCCAAUGACCUCACCCUUGCCUUUGCUAGACUCCACAAACAACCCACUAGGCAGUUAGGUUUUGAUGACCAUGAGAAUUCUAUUCUUGGAAACCCUAAUAAUCCCACCCAUUUUGAUAUCCUUGGAAACCCUGAUAACACCACCACCACUGCAGCUGGUCCUGGUUUUCUUGAUGCACUUAGAAGUGGGUUUCUUGAUACUUCCUCAAAUGGGUUUCAUAAUUUCUCCUUUGGGUAUGGGAAUGGAAACAUGGGAGAGUUAGAAAGUGGUGGUGCCGCCAGCUGCGGCGGCGGCGGUGGUGGUGGUGAGAUGAUGUUCCCUUAUGAGGAAAUUGGUGGUGCAACAGCAACAAAUGCAACAGUAACAACUAUCAAACAAGAGUUCAGAAGAGGAAAAGAUGGAGAGAAUAGAAUUUUGUAUGGGUUUCCAUGGCAAGUUAGUGGAGAAGGAAGCAUGGGUGUUGUAGACUCUGGAAGAGAGAAUUGGAAUGGAUUUGGUUCCUCUUGGCAUGGACUUGUUAACAGUACUCCUCUGAUGUAGUUUUUAGUUCUUCUUCAUUGUCUCAUGAAUUAAGAACCCUCUUUCUUGUUUUUUCUUAUUCUUCUUUCCGUUCUUUUCUGUUCUUUGUCUGUUGUAAUGACCCUGAUAUACUAAUGGAUUCUCUGAUUUGUUUU